AUAGCUUUUCUAUGUUCUUACGUCCAAUAAUAAAUAAAUUGUAAUAAAAUAAUUCUUUCUCUCUCUCUUCGUCUAUAUAAAAAUUACAAAAACCUCAUCACUGCUUUCCAAAUUCCCAAAAGCACAGUUUCGUAAACACUCGUAAGAAGAAGAAGAAGAAAGCAAAUUUCGUCAAUUGCAAUGGAGAAUCUAUUGGGUCUUCUCAGAAUUCAUGUGAAGAGAGGUGUGAAUCUCGCCAUUAGAGAUAUCUCCAGCAGCGAUCCUUAUGUCGUUGUUCACUCAGGCAAACAGAAGCUGAAAACCCGUGUGAUCAAACACAGUGUAAACCCUGAGUGGAACGAUGAUUUGACUCUCUCUGUGACUGAUCCAAAUCUCCCUAUCAAACUUACGGUGUACGAUAAGGAUUUGUUCUCGGCGGAUGAUAAGAUGGGAGAAGCAGAGUUUAACAUUGCUACAUAUCUUGAAGCCAUUAAGUUUCGCCAUAAGCUCGAAGGAGGACUGCCCAAUGGAACCAUAAUAAUGAAGAUACAGCCGAGCAGACAAAACUGUCUAUCUGAAGAGAGCCAUAUUGUGUGGAACCAAGGCAAGCUUGUUCAGAACAUGUUCCUUAGACUCCAGCACGUGGAAUGCGGAGAGGUCGAGUUACAGCUUGAGUGGAUCGAUGUCCCCGGUUCAAGGGGUAUUUAAGUCAUUUCAUAUCGAUUGAUUACUAUCCUUAGUCCCCUUGUGCAUACAUGGUUUAGAACUUAGAAGCUGGUCAGUGAAAGAAUCUCAAGCUGGCUUAUGUAAUAAACUCUUAUUUUGGAUUUUUUUGUUCUUAUUUGAGUCCAAAAAGUGUGCAAGUCCAUGAGGAGUAACUUACAAAGUGUAACAUUUGGUUUCCUCUCAUUAAUAAUCUUCUCUCGUUAGCUUUGAA